AUGGACAUCUUUGAUCAAUUCUUCAGAGGUCGCCCCGUCACCAUAGCACGAAAUGGACACUUGGACCCGGCCACCAUGAUUUAUGGCCCUCGGGUCCGUCUCGCUGCACUCGCCAUCCCAGAACGACGCAGACGUCCUCCCCCUCCUCCGCCUCCGCCUCGACGGCCCAUCAUCUAUGAUGACUAUGCUUUUCCAACUACGAUUCUGACCUCGGCUCCGACUAUGACUAUCGUCGUCCACGAGGCGGUCCGCGACGCUCACGCACAUGUCGGUGCUGCCGCCCAUUGCGAACUUACUAUCGUCCUCGAGUCACAAUGA